AUGCGAAAUAGAAAUAUUGAUCUCAAUCUUACACCAAUUGAACCAAUGAUACGACAAAUAAAUACAAGGUCAACAAAUUUCAAAGUAGAACGUAAACAGUUCCCAGUAGUUCUUUGUGAAGGUAUGACCAUAUACAAAAGUCAAGGUGGUACUUAUGAAAAAGUUGUUGGCAAUUUGAAAAAGGGGAUGACAACGUCUGACCUAUACGUCGCUUGUAAUCGUGCAACAAAAGCAACUGGUUUAUAUUUAAUUAGUGAGUUUGUUCCACGAAAACCACCUGAAAGUAAUGAUACAGUGGCGAUGAUGUUUAAAACAAUGAGAUCCGAAAGAAAGAUCAAAUUUUCACUUCAAUUUCCCGAAGAAUCGCAAGGAGAAAAAAUUUUAUUUGAUGUUUCAUAA